AUGAGACCAGUCUCAGGCUUUGUAAAGAGGAAAACAUUCAAACUGCGAGUUCUCAAAAUGCGUAAUCGUCUCGAGACCAUGCGAACCAUCCUUAUCGCGUUGUGCAUCGUCGCUGUAGCCUCUCCAUGGGUGAUUUAUAGACGAAAUCAAAAAAAGAGAAUCAUAUGCAAGGCCGAACCGAUUACGACCAAUGGAACCGCGGAUGAAACUAUGGAAGAGACACCUAUGGCAGCAAGCCGAAGGAGGAGGGAUAUUGUCAUUGAUCCUGUGCAUAAACAACCAAUUAUCUAUCUUGAUAACAACUCUUCCAUGCUCUUAGACGACGGCGACUUUGAUAUAGUCAGUGAUCAGUUGACACCUGAAGAACUCAAAGAAGUCAAGCGAAGAAUCGUAGACACUUGCAACGCUUUGAACUCGAAUUGAUCUGUAUUUUACAUUUAUGUGUUUUAUUUGGUGAAGAUUUCUUUUUCUCAUGUUCUACCCAAUAAACAAUUCGAAAAUAU